AUGUCCUCGGUUGUGGAUAAAGUACGCCGUGGUGUGGCGAAGACAAUUCAAGCUGCUUCCGAAGGUGAAGCAUUUGACACACUGCCUGACUGUGAUCUGCUGACAACAAGCAACCGUUUCGCCAUCAAAAUUCUUCCACCCACUGAGGUGAAGCCUUCGCCAUCGGGUUUUGCUCCUGUUCAAUUUGUGAUUAAAGACAAGAAAGGCAGUCGUCGAACCGUAUAUAACUGCGAAAUGGUCGCUGCCCAAGGCAUUGUUGUUCGAACGUUGCGUGGCAAUCCCGUAAUGGAAGUACGACUUCCUGACAGUUCGCAGAAUUCAAUGGGCAAGAUUUUGCAUCCAGUUGGCUCUACGCUUUAUAAAGUAGAAUAUAUGAAAACGCAUUCAUUUGGUCAAGAAUAUGCGAUUUUGAAACUGGGUGAACCGUUCUUGAAUGUUAUAAACACACCAAUCACCCAUAUUCUCGGUCCGCUUAGUGGUAUACUGCGAUAUUUCUACUGCAUAAACAGUGGCCAUGCACUAGAAUUUUUCAAGCUGAAUAAUGAGAAAAUUGGUUGCCUUAGGCCAUCAUAUUGCUCAGCCGCUGAAUCCGUCAUCAUAAACUACAGUGGCGAAGCAACAAGCGAGCAAGAACGGGCAGCAAUUUUGGGCACGAGUAUACUGUUUCUGAUAGUCACUGUUCAUCCGGAAUAUAGCGCUAUGCUACAGAGGACAAUGCGAUAA